AAAUUUCCCACUGCCUACUAAACUAUCUUAUCACUAAAUUUCAAAUAAAUUAAACUGGAUUUAUGCAAAUGAACGGGAAAUUAAUCUUAAUUGUUGUGAAAGUUAUGAUAUAAAAGAGCUGUUUUAGGGCGUACAAAGCAACGUUCCCGAGGAUUUUGCGAAAUAUGGAAGUUUUACAUUUUGUGCUGCUAUCCUUUGUACUUCUUAUUAGCGUUUCAAAUGGAAUGGCAUCAGGCAGGUACAAACGAGCACCAUUUUGUAAGACCAGGAUCGACCUUGCUUUUGUGAUUGACUCCUCCAGAAGUAUAUCAAUUAACGACUUCCAGAAACAAAUACAAUUUGUAAAUGACAUCGUCGACUUCCUGGAUGUCGGUUCAGACAAGACACGGGUUGCUGCGGUAUCUUUCAGUAAUUAUCUGUUCCCUCAAUUUGGAUUUAAUGACUACACAACCAAGAAAGAUGUACUUACUGCUAUCAAUGGUAUUAAGCAUUCUAAGGGUGGUGCAACCAGGACAUAUCUUGCUUUAGAACAUACACAUGAACACAUUUUCGCACCUGGUAAUGGAGAAAGACCAGACGUAGUAGAUGUUGUUGUUAUUUUGACAGACGGAGUUACAAAUCCUGGCAGUUAUGAUAGAUUUUCUGGAAGCCAAGGAAAAAAACAGACCCAAAUUGAAGCAGCAAGAAUUAAAGAUAGAGGAGCUUAUAUAUUUGCCAUUGGAGUUGGGAGGGGGGUCAAUGCCGACGAGCUCAAUGGAAUUUCCAGUGAUCCAGAUGAAAGAUUCACCAUCCAAGUGACAGGUUUUUCAGAGUUAGAUUCGGAUAAAGUUAAACAAAUGUUGUUAAAACGUGCAUGUGUUGAAAUAGAGACUACACCGGCGCCAACACCCCCACCUACCACAACACCCGAUAAUAAAAACCCAGAGUGUGGGAAACUAUUGGCAGACAUUUUCUUUGUACUGGACCAAUCUUCGAGCUUAAGAACAGAAGGAAAUUUCAACAAGACGUUAAAUUUCGUAACCGAAGUAAUCGAUUAUCUUCACGUAUCGCCUACAGAAACACAGGUUGGGGCUCUUAAAUUUAGCAACAACCCCGAGAUCCAAUUCCAUUUAACAGACUAUACAGACAAGCAAGAUGUAGCAACAGCCGUUUCAAGGAUAAAGUGGAAAGGGGGCAAUACAUACUUAGAUAAGGCAUUAAGAAUGUUGAGGACAGAAGGACUAAAUAAAGCAUAUGGUUCUAGGGAAGAUGUUCCACAAAUCGCUGUAAUAAUUACAGAUGGUGUCUCUACAAAUCCUUAUGCAACAAGGCUAGAACUGAAACAGCUUCACAGUCUAAACUACAUCUUAUUUGCUAUAGGAGUCGGACCUAACAGAAACCCUGCGGAAUUGGCUCGCAUUGCUAACGACCCAGCCAAUGUAUUUGAAGUAGAAAGCUUAGAUGGACUACAAGCCAUCAGAGAGUCUCUGGUCACGAGGAUAUGUGCCAAAGGUGUUAAAGAAACGAAAAACCCUUAAAUAAGAUGAAUAUGAAAACACAGAAUACAUUACUAUUCAAAGAUACAGAAAAGACUUAACGGACGAACCAGAAGAGGAAUUCUAUGAACAUUGUACAGUUUUUAUGUCUAUUGUGUAUAUGUAUGUAUUAAACAUCAGCAUUGCAAUUUUA